GUUGGAAGCUCCACAAACACCCUGAAUGCCCUGAAAAUUGCUUUUGCUGAUAAAGAAACACAAGUAAUCUAUCUUUUGACAGAUGGGAGACCUGAUCAGCCACCUGAAACAGUGAUCAACCAAGUCAAAGUUUUUCAAACAAUUCCUAUUUAUACCAUCUCCUUCAGUUACAGUGAUGAGACUGCAAAUGGAUUUUUGAAAGAGCUUGCUUCUUUGACUGGAGGCGAGUUCCAUUCUUAUCACUUUGGCUACAAGAACCCUAUUCCUCAGGAGGCUGGUCAGAAUGAAGACCUGACUCUUUUGAUUCAGGAAAUGGAACAGGGGUAUAGUGAUCUGGAGAAGGUGCAAACGCUUUAUUCUGAGUGCUUGGCCAUGGACUGGUGGCACCAUGAAGAAAAGGAAGGAGAGAGCAAGCAUCAAAAGGAAAUCUCUUCCAUGGUUUCAACCCCAGAAAAAUGUGCAAAACCUCAAUGUGAUGUUGAAUCAACGGUUACCUCACCUGUAAAUAUACUGAAAGGACCAUGGGACCUUCUGAAUCAAAAAACUCAGAAAAAGAAAGUCCUCCAUGCAGAAUCAACCAAAACCAGCCUCCUCAGAAGUCAGAUGUCCACCCUCAAGAGCUUUGCUGACAGUGAAAGGAAGGACAGCCGCUCCAACUCCAGACGCUGGAACACUUUUCUGAGUGACAAAGAAAUGAGGUUCCUGCUGAUGAAUGAGUGUCUGGACGACAAAUUGUCAAUAAGAUUGACUGGAGAAGGGAGCCAAGUUUAUGACAACUCUAAAGAGAUGUCAUCAGAAAAGUGGCUCCAGACACACAGCCUGGUGGCCAAGAAACUCACCAUCAUGGAUGCCUUGUCUGUGACCGCCGUGCCACACAGUCCCACCUAUGUUCCUGUUCUGGACAAGCAUGUUGUUUCUAAAGUCUUUGAUGAGGUGUUCCCUCUAGCACAUGUGUGCAAUGACACAAAUAAGAUGACAUUAAUUAACCCCCAAGGAGUCAAACUCAACAUCUACAAGCAAAAAGUGGAACAGGCAAUUAAAUCCUAUGAAAAGCGCUUGAAUAAAAUUGUUUGGCAAGCAUUAUCGCAAGAGGAGAAAGAAAAGUUAGAUGCAAUCAAGCCAAUACAGUACUUGGAAAACAAGGCAGCUUUAAAUGAGGCAUUGGAACGAUUGAAUUGGCCAAUUUCAUUGAAAGAAUUGUCAAUGCUGGAAAAUGAAAUUCUGACUGGGAAAAUGUACAUUCAGCAGGCCAUGGAGCUGCAGGAGGCUGCCAAGAAGAACUGCAUGAGAAAGGCUAUGGAAGAGCAACAUAAAUUGCAAGAAAAUCUGACAAAGAAAAUCAAAUCAAAAAAAGUAGAUCCUCUCAAAGGCCAGAAGGUUAUUGCAAGAUGUGAUGAAAAUGGCUUUUAUUUUCCAGGAGUUGUGAAGAGGGGCCUGAGCCCCAACCACGCACUGGUGAGCUUCAGGUAUGGAGACACCAAGGUUGUGCCCACCUCCUUCAUCACACCUGUUGGGGGCGCCAUGCCCUGCCCACUUUUGCAGAUCGGAGAUUAUGUGUUUGCCAAAAUUGUGAUACCCAAAGGAUUUGACUUCUACGUCCCUGCCAUUGUCAUAGCACUUCCAGAUCAAAAUGUGGCCUCAGAAAAAUUCUACACAGUUUUGAAAUCUAACAACCGGAGGGAAUUUUGCCCUCGGAGUGCACUUAUUAAGAUCAGCCAAAGCAAGUAUGCUCUCUCUUGUUCUCAUAUAAGACCACCCCCAAUUGAGGAGGAUCCAAAAGUAGAGGAUGAGGAGGAAAAGGAGAGGAGCUCUACUUUCUGGCCAGUGAAAGAAGUUGGCACGGGGAAUUUAAAAGAGCCAAGAGAGGAAAACCCUAGAAGGAAGAAAAAGAAACCUACCAAAAAGCUGCCUCUCCAGGAGAUGGUGUCCGCAGAGACACGUGGCUCUUCCCAUGACAACAGGUCCCAAGAGUUACACCCCAAGAUGGAGCCCAAGCUCAAGGUGGGAGCCAGCCUCCCCUUCACUGCCACACCUCUCCCUGAAGCAGCCCUGUCCUGCCCCCUUUGAGCCACCCACAGCAGCAAAGGGCUGAGGACUAUCACGAGAAACCUAAAACAGGCUAGUGGUAACUAA